AGGUCACGAUCAUCCAGAGCUGUGUUAAAGUGUCAGCUGUCAUUCAAGGCCUGGUCAAAGGAGAAAGUGUCAGGACAGACUUGAUGGUGGAUCCACGCAGCAAAUCCCUGGUGCUUAAUGGGAAACCAGGCCACCUGCAGUUUUACUCCCUCCUGAGAGACAAACUGCUGUACAACCUGGACAUAGUACAGCAGGAGUACAUUCAUGAGUCGGGCCUGGAGCAGUUUGAGGUGGUCAAGGCGGCCUUCGAUGCCUCUGGCAACUGGCUGGCAACAGUGGAAGAAAGAAAACAGAAAGCUGCUGAGCUGGAGCUUAAUUUGAAACUCUGGUUAUUUGAUGAACAAACACAAAGUUUUGUGCUGAACACAACCAUCUCGGCCCCACACGAGGCCCGGAUUACAGCCAUGUGCUUUUGCCACGCCACCGACAGCCAGACCACCAUGCUGGUCUCCACCAGCAAGGACGGACACUUCAAAGCCUGGCAGCUGGCCGCACCAGGCCACACAGAGGAAGGUGAAGGUCCUUCCUGGUCGUGUGAUUUUGUCGGAACCUAUCACGGCCUGGCGCCUGAGUGCUGCUGUUUCUCAGCCGAUGGUUCUCUGUUGGCCGUCAGCUUUCAGGAGGUGGUGACUGUGUGGAGCCCGGCCUCCUGGGAGCUCCUGACAACUCUGUCCCAGCCACCAGGAGCUAUUAGGGAUCUUUGUUUUGGACGACUUAGCUGUUCCAAGUAUCUGCUGGGAACCACUGCCAAAAACCUUCUCUGCUGCUGGAACCUCCUCACCUGCUCCUUGGAGUGGAGCACCUCAAUGGACAUCAGCCUGCUGCUGGCUGACCCCCUCUCUGAGAACAUGGCUGCCUUCUGCUGUCAGGCUGGAUGCACAGACUUGUUCGUGUUUAAGCCCAGCGAGCCUCGGCCGCUGUUUUCCCAUAAGGCCGUGUGCUCAGGGAAGGUGACUCGUGCCGUCUUUGCCCCGAGGGAGGAGAUGCUGGAGAGCUGUGAGGAGAGCAGUCAGUGGCUCAACUGCUCACAACUGUACUUCCUCACUCAGUACAUGGACCUCAUGACAUUCACCACCAAGGCAGAGGAGGACAGACUGAUGGCGUCCAGCAAACAGCUUGUGAUCGACGACAGUGUCGCCAUGACACCAUUUUACCUGUUGCUGGGGAAACACCGGCAACAGGGAAAUCAAGACACGCUGAGCAGCGUCUCAGCUGAGAGGACGCCUCUGCCACAGGGCUCCGUAGCUAUCAAAGAGCUUCUGCAGACCCCGGCCCACGUCUUACCCUCCACCUCUUUCCUCUGCUCCAUGUUUGUACAGUCUCUGCUCAUCUCCGUGACAGACGGCAGAGAGGAAAAGAAACAUGCAGAGGAGGAAAUGGAGAGUGAGAAAGAGGAAGAGGACUCGGAGGGGGAAAUGGAAUCCAGCACCACAAGACUAGAAUCACUGGAACAUCAGGUUGCAGAAUCUGCAGCCCCCGCUCUGUCAAAAGCCCAGGUUAGAGAACUGAGGAGGGUGAAGAAACUUGACCACAGCUGGCUCGCAGCCCUAUUGGACUCGUGAUCAUAUUCAAAGACAGACACUCGGAUUGUUUUACACCAUUGCAUCAGAGUGGAUAUUUACAGGAAAGAAAAGAAGUGUCCAAGUGUAAACAAAUCCCUAUAGAAAUACAAAACAGAAAAUAAUUGAUUGCUUGAGUAUCGGCCCCUUUGGCAGCAGUUACAGCUUUGAGUCAGUCUGGACUUGUUUGUAUUAGUUUGCACAUUUGAACAAUACAAAUGUUUUCUCUGUAAAGCAGCUGGAACUAUGUUGGAUUGGGAUGAUGUGUGAAUCACAAUUUUUGCCACAAACUGGUCUGGAUUCUGACUCGGCCACACCAGAAUAUUAACAGUAUUGUUUCUAAGCCAUUCCUAUCCUGUGUAGCUUUGGCUGUUGUCUUGUUGGAAGAUAAAUCUUUUCCCACUUCCCAUUGUUCUGCUGCUGGCUGCAGCAUGUUUUCCUCCAUUAUUGUCUGUAUUUCCCUGAGUUCUGGGGCCUCUACCACCAAAUUGGCAACAUGCAAGCAUGCAAGUAUAAGAUCUUUCAUUUCUCUUACACUAUACUUGCGAUCCAUGCACAAGCAUACAAGAGCUCUGUAAGACUUCCAAAUGCAUCUGCAAUUUUGGAGCAACAAUUGAUUUUUUUAUUUUUUAAUGAAAAUUGCAACUGUGCAUUUGUGUGCAAGCAGUCCUCGCCUGUUACUUGCUACCUACACAAGCCUCCCAGUUCCUGCUGCAGAGAAGGAUGCCCACAAUGCUUGGCAGGACGGUGCCACCACCAGACUUCGUGCAGGGGAUGGUUUGUUUUUGCAGAUGUACAGUCUUUGGUUUACCCCAAACAGAGUUUAGUGUGAUGAUCCAAAAACUCAAUAUUGGAUUCGAAAGAACCUUGUUUUUCAUUUCAGUCUCCCACAUGCCUGCUGGUAAUCACUAGUCGGGUUUUUGAAUCACAGGAUUAUAGCUAUCCCAUAUUUGAUCCAUUUUUAUCAUCAGUUACUCUUCUCUGAGGGAUGUCAAGUGGAUCUUUCUCCUACAGUCAAUGUUUGACUUCCAGAUAAAGCUGCCAGGCGUUGAUUAAAUGCAAAUCAUUUUACUUAAUAUGACUUAAAACAACUGGCUGCCCCAGUGUAUGUCAUCGUAGAGAGAUUAAAUACUUCAAUUUGUGGUGGCGUUUCUUUUGACUUGGACAUUAAAGUAUGUCUGCUUCUUUCCCGUUGUAAUCCGCUGUUAUUUAAUGUUAAAACAAAUGUCGGGGGAGGGGGGGAACUUUCUAAAUGCAUUGUAUGCAUGCACAUAUGUGCAAUUACAUUUUUCUAUAUUUUGGAUUUGAAUAAACAGAUCUAAGCUUUCCUUAAA